GGGGUCGGCGUCGGGGAGGACCGGGAACCGCCGUGAAACUCCGCCCGGAGCGCCCCUCCCUGGCAGGAGCGGGAACUGCCCCGGCUUGGCGACGAGAAGCUCUGCCCUUUCACCCCUGUUGCUCGGGAAUUAAGAUGGUGUGCGGUUGCGUUUGAUGGAUAUUAGGAAUCGGUGUGCAACAUUUUGAAGUGAACCUGAAGAUCAGAAUGGUUCGAUCUAAUUCCAGAUCUCAUUCAUCGAGAUCAAGGUCUCGUUCUUGCUCUAGUUCUAGGUCAAGAUCACAUUCUAGAUCCCGUUCUAGAAAAAAGAGAUACAGCUCUAGAUCUCGUUCUAGAUCCUACUCUCGAUCUCGCAGUAGGGAUCGUAACUAUUCCCGAGAUUAUCGAGAUUUUCGUGGUAACCGAGGAAUGAGACGUCCCUAUGGUCAUCGUGCAAGAGGGAGAGGCUAUUAUCAAGGAGGACCUCGAUAUUAUCGAGGUGGCUAUAGGCUUAACUGGCAGAAUCGAAGACAGUCUCGUAGUCCACGGCGAGGCCGUUCAAGAUCAAGAACGCCAAAACAUAGAUUUAUAUCUCAAAGAUCCAGAAGUCGAUCUCGACAAUCACGCCGAUCGUCCUCUGCAAGGUCAGCUGCUUCAUCAUCUUCCUGUUCUUCUUCACGUCAUAGUAGAUCUCCAGUAACUUCAAAACAGCGCAGGUCUACUGACAAGCAUACAAAGAAAAUUGAUGUAUCUGUUCCACAAGGGGAAUCUGGAAAGAACAAGCAAAUAGAAACACUUGCCACUGAUGUUAAAUGUGAUUCUGAUUCUACUAAGGUGCACAGUGAGUUUCGUAAAACUCCUCCCAUUCGAAGUGAAAGCUGGGCAGGGCUUUCAACCUACAAUGACAAUAGUCCAAGAUCCCAUCACAGUUUAUCUUCACUUCCCAGUCCAUGUAGCCUUAGUCCUACACGUUCUGUUCCUUCUCAGCACAGUUUCUCACAGACUGAGCCACCUAGAAGGAGUACAUCUAAGACCAGUCCACCAUCCUCAAGUUUGCAACACAGCCCAGAACAGCAUAGCUCCUCAGCACACAGUGCAUCGCAAUACAGCCCUUCUCAGUGCAGUCCAAUACGAAAAAGUCCUACUAAAGUUGUUUCAGCUCAACACAGUGUUCCUAGAGAAGAUGCUCGACUGAAACAGUUUGCCUUUUCUGGUGAUGCCCUGGACCUGAAAUUCAGUAAAUCCAAGUACCUGAAAAGAUAUGUCGAGAAAGAGGAGAGUAGAACCUUUGUGCUGGAUAGAGGAGAUGGAAGAGAGAAAGAUGCUCAAAAGGAAAAAGGCUUGGAGAAAGACAGGGCAAAGGGAAGGGAAUGGGGGAAUAAAGGAGGAGUAGAUUAUGGUAGCUCUAAAGGAGAGUAUAUGAGGAAGGAAGCUGAAAAAAUACAUUUAACUGAGUCUCCAGAGAAGUGCAGACAGUUUAGUUUAGUUGGGUUAUCUGACGAAAUAGCUGAAUUAGAUAAUUAUAGAUCUAAAUUUCAAUAUACUGUGACAAAUCAAAAGGAAAAGGACUAUGAAUCUCAUUGGGAUACUGGCUGUGAGGAAGAUAAAUAUAACACAAAAAUUGUAAUCAGAAGAACAAAAGACCACGAUAGGUUUGAAGAUGAUAGAUUUUUUAAAUUUAAUGUGGCUAGCUUUUCAUCUAGUGCAAUUAAAGAUAAGCUUAGGGAAGAUGACAAGUACGUAGAGAAAAAAUAUGAGGAAAGAACAGCACCAAAGAAAGAUUCUAUCUCACCUGAGCCAGUGAAAGGUGAAAUAUUCAAAGAGUUCUUUGAUCCAUGCUCUUCAUUGCCACAAUCAAAAACCAUGGAUGUCAGAGAAAGGGAUAAAAUGUCUUUCACAGAGGAAAGCCCGCCUAGAAUGAAAACCUUGCCUGCUGCAUCCUGUCAACCUGAAGUGAAAUUGAAAAUGCCAUCCUCCCAGCUAGAAGAUUCUGUCCUACCUGCAAGUUCUUUGACAACUGAAAGACUACUAUCCAGUGCUCUUGUCCACUCCAACACGAAAGAGCAAGGAUUCCGUUCUAUCUUUGAUCACCUUAAGUUUCCUCAGUUUUACAGAAGUUCAUCAGAGUCAUUUAUUCAUCAUAUUGUGACCCUGGUUCAUCAUGUUAAAGAGCAUUAUUUCAAGUCAUCAGGAAUGACCAUAAAUGAACGCUUUACAUUGCAUCAGAAGACAGCAGGAGAUCAUGGACCUAGGCAGAAAAGUCCUGAAAUCCAUAGGAGAAUUGACAUUUCUCCCAACUCUCUACGAAAACAUACUUGCAUCACAGAGGAAGACUUGUGCUCCAAGGAAGAGAACCGAAAGGCAGAAAAAAAAUUGAAAUGUGAUGCAGCUGACUUGCGCCUUGAUAUUGAUCGACGCAGAAAAGAGAAAAGUAAAGAACGUGAAGGUUCACUAGACUCCAGUACAUCAAAGAAACUUUCCUUAGAAAAACCAGGGAAAGACCAAAAAGAGUACAAAGAUGUCAAAUCCUUCAAGGAGGGAAGCAAGUACAGAAAUAAAGAUCGGGAUCAUUCCGGUUGCUCAUCAUCACCUUCACCUGAACCUCAUGAAGAUAGAGAAGUCAGAAAAGAAAGGGAUGAUGGACCAAGUGGCUUUAAGUCGUUCCAAGGACAUACAGAUAGUGCAGUUUUUCAAGGGCGAGGAAGAUCCAGAGGAAAUUUUCAGUUUCGAAUAAAAGGUGGCAGAGGGAGAGCCAGGGGAGCUUUCUCUGGUUUGAGUACUGUUUCCACCACUACUACAAAUCCAAAUUUUCAAAAGCGAUCCAAGGAGGAGGAGUGGGAUCCUGAAUACACUCCAAAGAGCAAAAAAUACUUCUUGCAUGAUGACAGAGAUGAUGGGGUGGAUUACUGGGCCAAAAGGGGAAGGGGGCGAGGUACUUUUCCAAGAGGACGUGGGCGAUUUAUUUUCAAAAAAUCGAGCAGCAGUCCAAAGUGGACACAUGACAAAUAUCAGGGAAGCGAUGAAAAGGAGGAAGAAAAUGGAGGAAUAGAAGAUGAAGAGGAGAGAAAGGACAGACACAAAGAGUAAAAGGAACAUCACAUUUAAAUCUGUUUCGCCACAGAAAAUGAAAUGAGCCCCUUGGUUGGAAUUACACGAGUGGAUUAUCCAUCUACUGUUAUUUACUCACCUUUUGAUUUAUUGUAAGAUGUUGGCCUUUGAAUUAAUUUCUAACAUUAAUUGUAAAGUCUUGUAAACCAGAAUUCAAAAUCUUCAAGUUUUGAAGGGUACAAAUGUGCGACUUGUCUGCCUUAAUUGUUGGCUAUUAACUCUAUUGAGUACAUAUAGCAGUAUUUUUUUAGAUGCUGAUAACUGCAUGGCUGGUUGAUGUAUGGCAUAAAAGCACAUUUUAGAAAAUAAACAUCUUGCAUUUGGAGAAAAACAUGUUUUUUAAUGUCAUUGACUAUCCUUGGUCAUUUUGUUCUCUGCUUCCUAAAUAAUAUUUACUUACUGAAACAUUUGUCUAGUC